AUGUCAAAGGGACAUGAGUGUGAGGACAGGAGGAGCCAGGCCAACUGUUGCCAGGCCAACUGUUGCCAGCCCAACUGUUGCCAGCCCAACUGUUGCCAGCCCAACUGUUGCCAGCCCAACUGUUGCUACCCAACUUGCCAGCCUAACUGUUGCCAGCCCAACUGUUGCCAGGCCAACUGUUGCCAGGCCAACUGUUGCCAGCCAACCUGUUGCCAGCCCACCUGUUGCCAGGCCAACUGUUGCCAGGCCAACUGUUGCCAGCCCAACUGUUGCCAGCCCAACUGUUGCCAGCCCAACUGUUGCGAGACCAACUGUUGCCAGCCCAACUGUUGCCAGUCCAACUGUUGCCAGCCCAACUGUUGCCAGCCCAACUGUUGCCAGCCCAACUGUUGCCAGCCCAACUGUUGCCAGCUCAACUGUUGCCAGCCCAACUGUUGCCAGCCCAACUGUUGCCAGCACAACUGUUGCCAGCCCAACUGUUGCCAGCCCAACUGUUGCCAGCCCAACUGUUGCCAGCUCAACUGUUGCCAGCCCAACUGUUGCCAGCCCAACUGUUGCCAGUCCAACUGUUGCCAGCCAAACUGUUGCCAGGCCAACUGUUGCCAGCCCAACUGUUGCCAGCCCAACUGUUGCCAGCCCAACUGUUGCCAGCCCAACUGUUGCCAGUCCAACUGUUGCCAGCCCAAACUGUUGCCAGGCCAACUGUUGCCAGGUCCAACUGUUGCCAGCCCAACUGUUGCCAGCCCAACUGUUGCCAGCCCAACUGUUGCCAGCCCAACUGUGUUUCUGGAAAACUGCUGGAGUUACAUGGUAGUUUUAAAACUAGUUUUAUAG